GAGACACAUUUUACUAUUCAAACGGAGCCGUCCCUUUAGGACGUCCAUCUCUGUCCUCCACGCUUAGAAGACCAGAUUAGAGUAAAACAUGCAAAUGUCUGUUUAUCUCCCGGCUCAGCAGACAAUUACCUUUGUGAGACAGUUUGGUCACUAGAGACGGCUGCCAACACAAUGUGAGGACAUCGAGAGGACGAACCAGGACAAAGCCUGUCUAGAAACCAGCAUGGAGAUCCGGCUCUACCUCUGGCUCUUCUGCCUAUUGCCCUCCUGUGUUUGCACAUCGGUGGGUUUCAACGACAAGUCGGAGUUGGACUCUGGUCUCCUCAACAGGAAGUGGAUGGCGUCCAUCCCUGAUGCGACUCUGGUCUCCGCCAUCGCGGUUCCUGGAACCCAUGAGAGCCUGACGCUGAGCGGAGGGCCGCUGGCUGUGACUCAGGUAUGGACUCUGGAAAAGCAGCUGAACGUCGGGAUCCGCUAUCUGGACAUCCACGCUGGGAUCUGGUUUCCCACCAACAAGGAGGUCGGCAUCCGAGACGCCAACUGGCUCUUCACCCAGGGCGUCACCUUUACCGCGGUGGUAGAGAAGGUUCUGGCGUUCCUGGACGAGAACGGGGGCGAGGCGGUGCUGAUGAAGGUGACGCUACACGGCCUAUACCAAGACCGAGCGGCGAGGAUGGUGGAGCAGCAGCUGCAGAGGUUUGAGGGCAGAAUCUGGAGGAAGGUGUCGGUACCAGAACUGGGCCAGGUCCGAGGGAAGAUUGUCUUUCUGCAGAACAGGAAGUUCCCCUUGGGAACGGAGAACCACCGUUCCUACCUCUUUGAGUCCAAGCAGCUGAAACACGUAGAGGAGAAACUGAGACACAUCCGGUGGCAUCUCUGCGGCCAUUACAUCCUGCUGACCCAAACGGCCGGCGCCGCGCUGCAGAGGCCCAAGGCGCUGGCCCGAUCCGUCAACCGCCAGCUCAGCGACCUGGUCCUCCGCCGUAGGGGCGGCGCCGGCGCCGGCUGCCUGGGCGUCAUCAGCAUGGACUUCCCCAGCGCCGAGCUGAUCCGCAACAUCAUCCAGCUGGGAACCUGCGACUGCGGGCCGAACGCGGGCCGGAAGGGAGGAGAACCUGGAGAACCAACAGAACCAGGAGAACCAACAGAACCAGAACCAGGAGUUCCCAGAUCAGGACCCAGACCUGGAGUUCUGGGCCCCCACCCGGUGGUUCUUCCUGGAAUACCUUUCAAAAUAAAACACAAACAGGAACCACCAUGGAGAGUGCGGAACUGCCACCGGGGGCGCUGAAGCGUCCUGUCAGCA